UCCUCCCGUAUAACCUGGUACAACACCGGCCUCGGCGCCUGCGGCACUGUUUCCAAUGACGGCCAACUUGUCGUCGCGCUGAACCACGACCAAUUCGACCCGUCCACGCCCAACGGCAACCCGAACCGCAACUCGCUCUGCGGCCGCCGGAUCAAAGUCAAUGCGAACGGCAGGAGCGUCACGGUCACGCUGGUUGAUCGAUGCGCCGGGUGUCCGUAUGGUGGAUUGGAUUUGAGUCCGGCGGCGUUUUCGGUGUUGGCGAGCACGAGUGUGGGGGUGGUGCAGGGGAGUUGGGAUUGGGUUUGA